UGCAGAUGUACAAUGUACUCGUAACUACUCGUGUCAUAGAAGUUGAUGUCCUUAUAUUGCGGUUCUGAGUCCCUUUACUGGUGAUUCUUCGCAGCUAUACCAAGCUAGUUCUGCAAACGCUUUUAAGCAACAACUUGCCAAAGCUUCCAUUAACUACCAGUUUGGUUACUGGUGAUUAGUCUCCGAUGGCUGAUCCCAUGACCACCAAAACCUCGUCAACUUUGCCCCGUCCACUGAAAUACGAGGUUUUCGUGAGUUUUAGAGGUUUGGACACUCGGAAAGGUUUCACUGACCAUUUGUACAAUGCUCUAGUUCGAGACGGGAUCCACACUUUCAGGGAUGAAGAACAACUCGAGAGCGGAAAACCCAUCUCAAGGGAACUCACCAACGCAAUCGCAGAAUCGCAAAUUUUCGUUGUUGUUCUUUCCAGAAACUACGCAACCUCCACAUGGUGCCUGGAUGAACUUGCAAGUAUGGUUGAACUUGCGGCCAACGAUGAGUCUAGACUGAUUCUGCCGGUAUUCUAUGACGUGACACCGUCGGAAGUCCGAAAACAGACCGGAGUUUGUUUUGAAGAGGCGUUUGCUAAACAUGAAAAAGAUUUCGAAGGAGAAACAGAGAAGGUGACAAGGUGGAAGAGUUCACUGACUACAAUAGCCGAACUUUCAGGAUUUGAUCUAAGACAUUAUAGAUACGAGACACAACCGAUUGGACAGAUAGUUGAACGUAUUUUCGGUGAAUUGAAUAACACAAAGCAUACGUUCUCAGAUGAUCUAAAGGACUUCGUUGGUACGGUUCAAGUGGAUAAAAUCGAAUCCAUGAGUUCGUCUAUAGGGUCGGAAGAAGUUUGUAUGAUUGGGAUUUGUGGGAUGCCAGGGGUUGGUAAGAGUACCAUUGCAAAAGCUCUUUCUCAAAGAAUUCGCAAUCAAUUUGAAGCUUUCAGUUUCAUUUCUAAGGUUGGAGAGAUAUCUAAACAAAGUCCAUUUCCCAUCCAAGAAGAACUUUGUGUUCACUUGUUGGGUAGAAAAGUAACUACGAUGAAUGUCAACGAAGUGAUAAGUAAGAGAUUGUGCAGCAAACGGGUUCUGAUAAUUCUCGACAACGUGGAUAAAUUAGAACAAAUAGAAGCUGUAGCUGGAAAGGAUGGCAAAGAUUUUUAUAACCGGUUUGGUAAGGGUAGCAGAAUCAUUAUAACCACAACAGAUGAAAAGCUGUUGACAAAGUAUAAGCCAAAAUUACUAUACACGGUUGAGAAACUUACUGACAAGGAAGCUCUUCUUCUCUUCUGCCGGAAAGCUUUCAACGAGGAUCGUCCUAUAAAUGGCUAUGAGAAAUUGUCUUAUGAAUUUGUAGAUCAAUGUGAUGGUCUUCCUUUGGCUCUUGAAGUGUUGGGUUCCUCCCUCCUGGAAAGAAGUGAGGAAGAAUGGUCCAGUAUGUUGGCUUCUUUGAAAGAUCAUAAUUAUUGUGGCGAGGAGAGAAUUAUUGGUACUCUUAAAUUAGGUUAUGAGGGAUUAACGAUUCCAGAACAGAAGAAAAUGUUUUUGGACGUUGCAUGUUUCUUCAAUGGGGAGGAUGUUUGUCGGGUAAAAAAGAUAUUUGAAAGUUGUGGCUACCAUCCAGGUAUCAAUAUAAAUAUUCUCCGCGAGAAAAAUUUGGUAAGCAUCAUAGGAGGAAAAUUGUGGAUGCAUGAUUUACUACAAAAAGUGGGCAGAGAAAUUGUUCGUGGAGAAAAUGAAGAGAGGGGAAAACGCAGCAGAUUGUGGCUUUGCACAGAUGCCCUUCAUGUAAUAAAGAAAUAUAAGGGGACAGAUGCUGUUAAAGGCAUUUUCUUAAGCUCGCCUAAGCAAGAGAAAGUGCACUUGAAGAAAGACACAUUCUCAAACAUGGACGAUCUAAAACUGUUGAAAAUUCACAAUGUGAUAUUUUCUGGAUGCCUGGAGUCUCUUUCAGAUGAGUUAAGGUUCUUGGAAUGGCAUGAAUAUCCUUUAAAAUUGCUGCCUUCAAGUUUUGAACCCGAAAACCUUGUUGAACUGCACUUGCCUCGAAGCAAAAUAGAGAAAUUAUGGGAGGAAUUUGAGAAGCCUUUGGAAACGUUGGUAAUACUCAACCUUACUGAUUGUGAAAAGCUGAUCGAGACCCCCGACUUCGGCGAAGUCCCAAACCUUGAGCAGCUAAUCCUUAAAGGUUGCACAAGCUUGUCCGAGGUUCCCGAUAUAAUCAACUUGAGAUCUCUUACGACUUUCAUUCUUUCGGGAUGUUCCAGACUUGAAAAGCUUCCGGAGAUUGGAGAAGACAUGAAACAAUUAAGGGAACUGCAUUUAGAGGGGACAGCUAUAGAAGUGCUACCGACAUCAAUCAAGCAUCUGACCGGACUUAUUGUGCUCAAUCUCAAAGACUGCAAGAACCUUUUGAGUCUGCCUGACAUCAUUUGUACUAGUUUGACAUCCCUUCAAACUUUGACCAUCUCAGGGUGUGCGAAUCUUGAAGAGUUGCCAGAAAACCUUGGUUGUUUAAAAUGUUUACAGGAGCUUGAUGCAAGCGGGACAGCUAUAAAACAGCUACCAGCAUCAAUCAAGGAUCUGACCAGGCUUAGCGAGCUUUAUCUCAGAUAUUGCAAAAACCUUUGCAGUUUGCCAGCAACCAUUUGUACUAGUUUGACAUUACUUCAAAUUCUCAACCUCUCAGGGUGUUCGAAUCUUGACGAGUUGCCAGAGAACUUGGGGAGCUUAGAAUGUUUACAGGAGCUUUAUGCUGGCGGGACUGCUAUAAGUGAAGUACCUGAAAGCAUCUCUCAACUUUCUCAACUUGGAGAACUUGUAUUGGAUGACUGUAGCAAGCUUCAGUCAUGGCCGAAACUUCCAUUUAGUAUAAGAUGGGUAAGGGCACAUAAUUGUCCCUUGUUGGAGGGAGCACAUUCAGAUAAAAUAAUGGUAUGGAAUUCACCUGCUGCUGGAUUUAGUUUUAUAGAUCGCCGAAGUGAUAAAACCAAAGGUCAGGCGUAUUGGCUACCGCCUAAAUAUCUUUUGAGGGAGUCCUAUCAAACACUCUUUGAGGAUGCAAUUCAUCGCAGUACUAUGUUACAAUAUUCUUAUCGAUCAAAUAAAAUUCCAGCAUGGUUGAGCCGUCAGAGUACUGAAUCCACUGUAACAAUCCCACUGCCUCGUGAUGUUGAUGGUAUAAGUAAAUGGAUGGGACUUGCUCUAUGUUUUGUCUGUGUAGGUACACAGAAGCAUGAUAAUUUGGAAGAUGAGCCAGAACUUGAUGAGAAAUCGCAAUCAAACCUCACUCGCAAUUUCCGCAUUGAUCUCUAUACAACUGAAGAUCCUCAUGAACUUCCCCAAGUGCUUAAUUACGGUGAUCUUGAUUUCACUGGACCAUUUAUACAUUGGUUGUAUAUACCGCGAAGUGACCUUGAAGAAUGUUCAAAUAAACGCUUCAUCCGAGCUUUGAUUACACCUGAUAGCCCAGAAGUAAAAGUGACAGAGUGUGGGGCGAGUCAAAUAAACUCGGAACACGUGACCACAUUUGUCAGGAAAUUGAUUAAGCACAAUAAAAAUUUCAGUAACGGCCAUCAGCCUGAAGAAGAAGACGAAAACGAAGAUGGUAUGAGAAGUGUUCCGUCGACAAGUGGGGUUCAAAUUCAACAAGAAUUACAAAGAGAAGAAACUACUAGUUCAACUCCCAUUGUAGGUCAAUUGAGAAGAAACAUAGUGUCAUUGCUUGAAAAACUAUUUGAGGGAUUGCGGAGGGGCCUUCCAAAUAUCCACGAUUAUGGUUUUAUUUUUUCUCGACGAGAAAAAUUAGAGUGGUUCAGUGAACAGAGCACUACGUCUGCAUGCACGGUCAACUUAACUCUACCUCCGUAUCUGCAUAAUGAUGAGAAAUGGGCGGGACUUUCUCUAUAUGUUGUUUGCAGUCUGCCUCAAGGUGUUCAACGUAGCCGCAUUUACUAUGAGUGUCAUUUGUAUACACCUAUUGAAGCUGCGGGUGUGGAAGCACUGAUGCAUCGCUUAAUGUUAGUUUCCCCGUUGGAUGACAAUGUGGGGUCACAUCGACUCCUUAUUGUUCAUAUACCACGAGUACGUUUUGCGGAACGCUUGAAUCGGUGUCGUUUCAUUCAAGCUUUAUUUGGAUGUAGAACUCCAGGUGUGAAGGUUGAAAUGUGCGGGAUGCGUCUAGUAUACGACCAAGACUUGAAAGGGUUAAUCCAUACAAUAACCCAUUGCACAACCACAACGGGUCGGCCUGUUUACUACGGAACUGGUGAUUUUACAGAUACCAAGAAAUAUAAUGGAAUUAGUUUGGGAUGUACAAGUAUGUUAAUGAAUUUUCUUGAAGCAGCCAAAUCCACGGAGCACAGCUCAGUGAGCGAAGUUUGUCCUCGUUUCAUGCCAAUUGAUUUUCGUGGAGAAACUUAUUCUGCUGAGGAAUCUCAACACGAAAGAAAGAGAGCAUCAGCUUGGCACGAUGAAGCAAUAGGAGGUAAUUACUCUAUACUACGGGAUAUUGUUCUUUCUAAUGGUCUUGCCAAGAACAUAAGCUUGGAUCAGAGCCGGAAAACAAGUGGAAGUAAUUACGACUUUCUACUACAGAAGAUUGCUCCUUCUCAUGGUCAUGACAACAAUAUAAGCUUGGAUCAGAGUCGGCUCCUGGACUUCGACCGUGACUUGAUAUAUAAUUCUUGCUUCCCUCCCAAUGAGAUUAUAGACUGGUUUGCGGGUAAAAGCAGAGAUUACUCUGUAAAAGUCUCCCUACCACCAAAUCUAUGUGAAGACACCAAUUGGAGAGGACUAGCUUUGUGUGCAUACUUUUCAGUCCUCGACCAUUCAACUACCGACCAUGAAAAUUUGGAUAUCGAUAUUUCUCACAAUCUUACAUGUAUUUUAGGGACUGAUAAAGGUUCUCUGGAAUCUCUCCAUGGCUUUUGCACCACCAACCAAGAAUUCAAGUGGUUGAAUCGUAUGGGAGGAUUCAUUUGGUUGUCCUACAUACCACGAUGUUGGUUUUCGAAUCAGUUAAAUGAAGGAGGGCACCUGGAGGCUUCAAUUGUAAGCGAUUGUGGAAGCUUGGGUGUGCAGAGUUGCGGGCUCCGUCUUAUAUAUCUGGAAGAUGAAGAAGGGCUCAAGGAGACCAUAAUGCACUGCAUGACUUCCUUGUCUGAUAUUAAUGAAGGGGAAGAAAAACAACACCAGGACUGUGAGGUAGGAUCAUCAAGUAUUACAGGAGUCGACAUUGUAAAUCCUCCUCUUGAGAAAUCAGAGCAGCCCAGUGAUAAGAAAUGGAUUUUUGACUGUCAUUCGAUCUAUAAUUCUUGUUUCCCUUCAAGCAUCAGUCUAGAGUGGUUUGGGGAUCAGAGCAAUGGUUCCUCAGUAAGAGUUCCACUACCACCAAAUUUGUAUAGUGACACUAAUUGGAAGGGAUUGGCUCUAUGUGCUUACUUCUCCGUUGGGGAAAAUCCAACUGCUGAGCUAUUCAAUUUGAAUCGAGAUAUUCCCCACCAUCUGACGUGUGUUUUGGAAUCAGAAAUAGGUACAAUAGAACCUAUCCAUUACUACUGCACCACCAAUGAAGAAUUCCAGUGGUUAUAUUUCGGGGGAUUCAUUUGGGUAUCUUAUAUACCACGAGCGUCGUUUUCGGAUCAGUUGAAUGGAUGCAGUAUCGUGAAUGCUUCAAUUGCAAGCGAUCAUGAAGCAUGUAAUGUGCAUAGUUGUGGCCUACGCCUUGUAUAUCAGCAUGAUCAGGAAGAGUUUGAGGAGGCCUUAUCUCACAAUAUGAUGUUGUCAGAUAAGAAAGGAAAAAAUAAGCAAUGCGCUGAGGGUAACUCGGAAUCAUCUAGUAGAUGUAGCAGCUACAUUACGAAACCUCCCCUUGAAAGAUUAGUAAAGCCGAGUCACAGGAAAUGGGACUUCGAUCGUUUCUCUGUAUACAAUUCAUGUCUCCCUUCAAACAUAGAUCUAGAGUGGUUUGGCCAUCAAAGCACUGACUACUCGCUAACAAUCAGUCUGCCACAAAAUCUAAACAUGGACAGUAAUUGGCUAGGAUUGGCUGUAUGUGCAAACUUUGCAAUCCUGGAGCAUCUGACUUCCGAGAUUGACAAAUUGGACAUCCCAGCAAUUUCUCACAACCUCAGUUGUCAUUUUGAAACGGACAAAGGGAAUUCUCUGCAUCACUACUGCACAAGCAAAGAAGAAUUCAUGUGGUUGCAUCUUGGAGGAUUCGUUUGGGUAUCCUACAUACCACGAGUGUGGUUUUCAGAUCAGUUGAAUGAAUGCAGUUCCCUAGAAGCUUCAGUCGUAAGCGAUCACGAGGCCUUCAGUGUCCAUAGGUGUGGUCUCCGCCUACUGUACCAGCAUGAUGAAGAAGAGUUUACUCGGGCCAUAUUGCAGUAUAUGACGUCAUUGAGCGAUAAGAAAGGGAAAAAUAAGCAAACACCCUCAUAAGGGUGAGACAGAUAUGAUCAUGUAGUAGAACUCACAAAGCAGCAUUGAGGAACCUCACCAAUAAAGAAAGGCUUGUCAAUGUCACUAAUAACUUCUCCCCUUCCGCAGGCAUGGGUGUAGCUACAUUGGCUAGAGCGGAUAUGCUCCCCCUAUGAUGCAGUGCAUUAAGGAGGUUGAUUAAUUACGGAUCUUGAUAUUCAGGAUGGUCCAUUAAGUUUUCAAAUCUAGUUAAUAUCUAUAGUAAUCAAGUAUUUGGAAUAUUGUGUUUUUAAUUAGAUGGUAGGAUUGAGACUUGGUGAUAAUUAUUUCUUAUGUUCUAGUGGACUAGGAAGUUGUGUUAGUGCUUAACUAUCUUGUUGUUGGGCCUAUUAAAAGGCUAGAAUCGUUAAGGAAGAAACAAAUUAUGCAUUUUGAAUGAGUUUAUGUAAACAAGGACUAGUUCUCUAUAUGUUCAUUGGGUCAUAGUUGUGCUUGAUAUUUCAAUAAACAUCUCAUUGUUUUC